CACAACUAUCUUCAUUCAACAUGUCUAGAAGACCAGGUGGUGUCAACUAUGCAGAUUUAGAUCUGGGGAACUUUUCCGAUGACUCAUAUAGUGAAGAUGAACAACCUAGUCGUAACAAGAGAAAUGAUGAUGACCAAACGUAUGGGGUUCGUAAGCCAAAGAAGGCUUCAUCUUCAAACAACGGAUCUGCUUCCAAUUCCAAGAAACGUAAGGCACAAGAAAAUGUAACCACCAUCAAACUGGCUCUCGAAGAGACUGAGUAUUCAGACGAUGAGUUGAUUAAAUUAAAUCCAGAGAUCCCUCUGGAUUAUAUUCCUGAUGCAGUUUCUAAAUCCUUUGGUCAAUCUGACUUUUCAUACCUUAAAUUGAAACCUGAUCACUUUUCCAGACCAAUUUGGAUCUCUCCUAAAGAUGGUAGAAUCAUUUUGGAAUCAUUUUCUCCCUUGGCGGAACAAGCUCAAGAUUUCUUGAUUACCAUUGCUGAACCAAUCUCAAGACCAUCUCAUGUUCAUGAGUAUAAAAUCUCCAUGUACUCCUUGUAUGCCGCAGCGUCUGUCGGGUUGGAAACUAAUGAUAUCAUCUCAGUAUUAAAUCGAUUAUCCAAAGUACCCGUGGCCAAAUCAAUUACAGAUUUCAUUAAAAGUGCAACCAUGUCUUAUGGUAAGGUGAAAUUAGUUUUAAAACAUAAUCGGUAUUUUGUAGAAAGUACCCAGGCGGAUAUUUUACAAAUGUUGUUACAAGAUCCAAUCAUUGGACCUUGUAGAAUUCAGGAAACUAAUGGUGGAAAUAAUGAUGGAGCUUUGAAUCAAUCAGAGGGCCCCAAGGGUGGGAUUGUUCUUCCCGGUACUGCUCCUGGUAGUAAGCCAAUCUCCGAUAGUUCUAAUAAUCCAAAGGAUAUCUUCGAUAGUGUUGUUGGGGAUAAGGACGAUGCCAAGAAGACCGCCCGUAGUGGCGAAGAAGAGGAUGAUGUUGAUGAUGAUGACUUUACUGUACAUUCAUUUGAAAUCGCUACUCUGUCAGUGGAAAUCAUCAAGAAAAGAUGUCAUGAAAUCGAUUAUCCAGUGUUGGAAGAAUAUGAUUUUAGAAAUGAUGACCGGAAUGCAGAUCUUGAAAUUGAUUUGAAACCUUCUACUCAAAUUAGACCUUAUCAAGAGAAAUCUUUAAGUAAGAUGUUUGGUAAUGGUCGUGCACGUUCUGGGAUCAUUGUGUUACCAUGUGGUGCUGGUAAGACAUUAGUUGGGAUCACUGCUGCAUGUACCAUUCGUAAAUCGAUCAUUGUUCUUUGUACUUCCUCAGUGUCGGUCAUGCAAUGGAGACAACAAUUUUUACAAUGGUGUACCAUCCAACCUGAAAAUGUGGCCGUUUUCACUUCAGAGAAUAAAGAAAUGUUUGCUGGUGAUGCUGGUUUGGUUGUUUCAACCUAUUCAAUGGUGGCAAAUACAAGAAAUCGUUCUCAUGAUUCUCAAAAAGUUAUGGAUUUCUUAACUGGGAGAGAAUGGGGGUUUAUCAUUUUAGAUGAAGUGCAUGUGGUCCCUGCCGCCAUGUUCCGUCGUGUGGUUACUACCAUUGCUGCCCAUGCCAAAUUGGGUCUUACUGCCACUUUGGUCCGUGAAGAUGAUAAAAUUGAUGAUUUAAAUUUCUUGAUUGGUCCUAAAUUAUAUGAAGCUAAUUGGAUGGAUUUAGCGCAAAAGGGUCACAUUGCUAAUGUCCAGUGUGCAGAAGUCUGGUGUCCUAUGACUCUGGAGUUCUAUCAAGAAUAUCUUCGAGAAUCUGCCCGUAAAAGAAUGCUUUUAUACAUCAUGAACCCUACCAAGUUCCAAGCUUGUCAAUUUUUGAUUCAUUAUCAUGAAAAGAGAGGUGAUAAGAUCAUUGUUUUCAGUGACAAUGUUUAUGCAUUACAAGAAUAUGCCUUGAAAUUGGGUAAACCAUUUAUUUAUGGUUCUACACCUCAACAAGAACGUAUGACGAUUUUACAAAAUUUCCAACAUAAUGAUCAAAUUAAUACUAUUUUCCUUUCUAAAGUUGGUGAUACUUCUAUUGAUUUACCCGAGGCAACUUGUCUCAUUCAAAUUUCUUCGCAUUAUGGUUCUAGACGUCAAGAGGCACAACGGUUGGGACGUAUUCUUCGUGCUAAGAGACGUAAUGAUGAAGGGUUUAAUGCCUUUUUCUACUCUCUUGUUUCCAAAGAUACCCAAGAAAUGUAUUAUUCAACAAAGAGACAAGCGUUUUUGGUGGAUCAAGGUUAUGCUUUCAAGGUUAUUACACAUCUUAGUGGUAUGGAACAACUUCCUAAUUUAGCAUAUUCACUGGCCCGUGAACGAAGAGAAUUGCUUCAACAAGUCUUAUUAAAGAAUGAAGAUGCUGCAGGGGUGGAAAUCGGUGAUGAUGUCGACACGAAUUUCUUCCCCAGAGAUAAACGUAUGAAGAUGGAAAAUAGUGGGAGUAGCGCCAGUAGAACUGCUGGAUCUCUUGCUGGAUUGGCAGGUGGUGAGGAUAUGGCUUACAUUGAAUACAGUAAGAACAAGAACAAGGAAUUAAAGGAACACCAUCCAUUGAUUCAAAAGAUGUAUUACAAGAAGAAGUAAGAUAAAACAUGAAGAAUGGGUGCAAUUUAUAUAGAAGAUAUCUUUAAUAGGAAAGAAAAUAACAAACUGGAAAUACAACAUACACAUACUCUGUAGAUUA